AUGCGUUGGUUCAAGGACCACCCAAAAGAGAUCUCGGCAGGAGGCAAUUUUCCUCCCCCGUUUGCGCCUGUUGCAGCCGCUGCAUGGCCACCGCCGCCAUCUUCCCCUCCUCCACCUGCUCCUGUGCCGCCCUCGCCGGUGCAGAGCGUUGAAGAGCCGAAGCCUGGCUCAGAGGAAGAGCACCAGCCCAAGCGCAGAAGCUGGUUCAAGAGGGCUCUGGGCCUGGGAGAGAUUACGCCUCCGCGACCAAGCACGUACAUGUACGAUCUUAGAGAGACGGGACGCGUGUUUGACAAUCAGGGGAGAGAAAUCACAGGCCUGGUUGACGAGAAGGGGAGGCCAAUAGUGCCAAAGCCUACGCCAGUCCCCAAACCUGAUCGAAGCACUGCGUCCCGUCGCCCUCGAGCAGAACCUAUAACCAGCCAUUGGACAGCAGAGAUGGGAGUCGGAGGGCCUGGUGGUGGUUUCGUUCCUCCCAAAGGGCGAAAGCCUGCUGGUGAGGGAGAACGUCGUCGUGAGACGGAUUCCAGUGGUACCAACAAAGCCCUGGAUGAUGCUCCGAUGUAG